CCCUCACUGCUCUUAGUCACGCCCCCUUUCCGGCGUCUUCCAAUCUGUCGGAACGGGGGGGGGGGGCGCGGCAAAAGUUUUGAUUGGCAAAUGAACUAGCCAACGAGCGCUUUGCUCCACGUCAGCAGGAUUGAGAAAGAUGGAUGCUGUGCUGCUGGAUCCUUCCUUGUACACAGUGAAAGCUGUUUUAAUUUUGGACAAUGAUGGGGAACGGCUCUUCGCUAAGUACUAUGAUGAAACCUAUCCCACCGUCAAGGAGCAGAAGGCUUUUGAAAAAAACAUUUUCAAUAAAACCCAUCGAACAGACAGUGAGAUUGCUCUUCUAGAGGGGCUGACCGUGGUAUAUAAAAGCAGCAUUGACCUGUACUUCUAUGUCAUUGGAAGCUCACAUGAAAAUGAGCUCAUGCUCAUGGCUGUUUUGAACUGUCUGUUUGACUCCUUAAGCCAAAUGCUCCGCAAAAAUGUUGAAAAGCGAACCCUGCUUGAGAAUAUGGAAGGACUUUUCCUGGCAGUUGAUGAGAUCAUAGAUGGAGGAGUCAUACUAGAGAGUGACCCUCAGCAAGUGGUUCACCGUGUGGCACUAAGGGGUGAUGAUGUUCCUCUCACAGAGCAAACCGUAUCACAGGUGCUGCAAUCUGCAAAAGAGCAAAUCAAGUGGUCCCUUCUCCGGUAGUUGGUGUCGGCCAACCUGCACAAGUCCAUCAUUCCUUCCACCAUUAUGGGGCCUGCUGCUGCUGUCCCUCUUUGCCCCCAUUCUCUGACCAACUGCAUUUGGCCACUUCAUUAGAUCUGUUGCACUGAUUUUUUGUUGUUGUAUUUAGGUGCAUUUGGUGGUCCCACACCCACAUUCUCAUGCCUUUUUUUUUCCUUUUAAAAAUGUUUCAUUUAUUUUAUUCCAAAGCAUUCUGUAAGUUAGGAAUCUAAAUAUCCCAGUGGGUUGUUAUGUGAAAUCUAAUGACAAGCUGCAGACUAGAAUAGCUUUACAGGCAUUCAGUGAGCAGCGCUUGCAUCCAGCCUUGCAGCAUGGCCUAAAUCAAGCCUCGACUUUCAUUUGAGAAUGGGAAAUCUUAUUUACAGAGGGCAAGAGGGAUUUUAUCAGAAUCAUUUGUCAGGUUUCUGUCUGUCGGAACAUUUUUUGCUUUGUUUCCUGAAACCUUUAAAGGAGAAUUCAACCCAAAAUAAAAAAAAAACCUUCCCUCCUCCCCCCCCCCAGCCUACCUUCCCCCCCCUACUCACCUCUCCGUGCAGAUUUUGGCCUCGGAGUUCACGCCAGCCAUCUUUUGUCUUUUUCUGAAGUUUCUGAGAUUUUUGUGACUUUCGGCACAUGCGCAGUUAUUCAGGACCGGAAAUUUACUCCAACUGCGCAUGCGCCAAAAAUGACGUCAAUACAUGAAGAUUACCGAAGAAGAUGGCUGCCGUGAACUCAGAGGCCAGAAUCUGCACGGCGGUGAGUAUAAAAUUAGAGGCAUUUGCCCAGGGGGCAGGUAGGCUGGAGGGAGGGAGGUCUAUCCAGGGUAAGGGGGGAGUUUUUUUUAUUUUUUUUAUUAUUAUUACGGAUUGAAUUAUCCUUUAACACCGAAUACACUAUUUUGGAUUAGGCUGAAUCCUUUGUCAAGGAUUUGGCUGAAUACCAAAUCCUAAUUUGCAUAUGCAAAUUAGGGAUGGGAAGGGGAAAACAUUUUUUACUUCCUUGUUUUAGGACAAACUCACGCAAUUUCCUACCCCACCCCUAAUUUGCAUAUGCAAAUUCGGAUUCGGUUCAACUGGACAGAAGGAUUUGGCUGAAUCUGAAUCUGAAUCCUGCUGAAAAAGGCCGAAUCCCGAACUGAAUCCAGGAUUUGGAGCAUUUAAGUGCCAGAUAAGUGGUUCAUUUGCAUUCAGUGGGAUAGGCGGGAACGUGCAUAGAGACCAAGAAUAUAAUGAGCAGACUCUCUUGCCUUCUGUUAGAGGGACUCUGUGUUUACAUUUGGAUAAUAUGCAUAUUCAGGUGAUCAAGUGGACCAAUGUGAUGCAUUCAAAGCAUAUUUUCUUGCUGUACUAAUACAGACUGAUAUAUUACAUUAAUAAAUGACAUACCAAAGUUU